GUGAGAGAUGUGAGGGAGAGGCAUAGGUGUUUAUCAUGCUGGCCGGAGAGUAGGCCUAUAUAAGGCAGCGCACUGUGUCUGUAGUCAGUGUUUCUCUGAGCUUACUGUAACAGCUCUUGGCAGGUUUUGUUUAAACUUUUUCAGUCAGCAUGCAGGAUCACAUUAUCUUUAACAGAUGGACAGUUCUAGCCUGUUGGUUGGUGUUACUGGUGCUUGUCCAGCAGGUGCUCUGCAGUCCUGUGCCACAACCGGACAAACCCGCAACAUCUGAAAAAGAAGUUCAAAGGUCACUUAAGAGAACAGCUCGAAUGACCCCAUUAUGGAGGAUCAUUGGAACUAAACCACAUGCAGCUUACUGCCAGAACAACUUUGAGUGCUCAACGGGAAUGUGCAGGAAAGGCCACUGUUCCUACAGCCAGCCGAUAAAUUCCUAAAAUGAAGACUCCCUCCUCCUUCUCUGAUCUAAAGUUUAAGAGGCUGACCUGACGCUCUACUACACCAUCAUGCAUGUAGGCUACCAAACAGAAUCAGAUGACAAGCAGUUGAUUCAAUGAGCAACUGGGCCAAAUGAAUGUGCAGUGCAGUUAAUCUUCAAUUAGCUUUAGACAUUUAGUCAAGCCUAUGGCUGAGUUUUCUAACACCACAAAGGAGGCAAUUGGUAAUGUUCUGAAGCACUUUCCAGUAUGGUGGAAAAUUGUGCUUAUCAUAAAAUGUUGACUCUCUUGAAAGUGCAAAGAAAAAUCGACAUAACAUGUGUAGUGGUAUUGCUAUACUGGAAGUAUUAGUAGUUAUAUUUGCAUGUUAUUUUUUUCAAAUGGAAUAAGAAUGUUCUAUUACAUGUAUCACACAGAUUUCAGGUGGUGCUAGGAAGUGAGUAAGCUAAGUUGUAAGUAAUGUAGAAUAUAAUUUUGGGCCAGUUUCUCUUAAAACCAAAUUAAGCUCUUAUUUUGGAUUGUCGAGUGACCCUAUAGUACUGAAAACUCAGGACUAAAUUUAGCCCCAACCUGGAAACUGGUCCAUAGUAUAAGAUCAUGUUACGUGGAAGAUAUAUAUGGAGUAGACAAAUGUAAUGCAUAAAGUACACAAAUGUCGUUGAACUAAAGUUAGCCCAUAGAAAAAAAGGACAGAGAAAGGUUGCAAAGGUUGCCCUUAUUGAUUGUGCCUACAUAUUAACCAUUUUCUUGAUCAUUUCCCUCUAUCUCUGUGUACUUACAGUGGUAGUAUUUAAUAUAAUGACAUGUCACUAUUUAUGUUGUUAUAUACUAAUGUUUUAUCGCUUUGACAGUCACCUCAUCUCAUUAAUCUAGACAUGGAUAUUCAACCGUCUUUAUCAAUUAUUUGAUUACUUAUUUAUUAUAUUCCUCUUUUAUUUUGUAUGUCUCAACAGCACGUAUAAAGCUAAUUUUAGAACUAGUAUUGAUUUAUAAGAUUUAUGUGUCUUGUUUUGUAUACUAUUCUACUGUAACGCUAUAAGAAACUAUAUAUUGUAUAAACUAAACUAUAUGUUAGGGUUUUAAAAUAAAAGAUUGUUCUGAAA